AUGGGGAACGUGUUGGGUAAAGCCAUUGCCGUGGACUUCCUCAUCCAGUGGGGCAUGUUCCUGCUUGCCGCCUACAUGAAGACGGAGAAGUUUUUCGACGCGACUGGCUCGGCGACGUUCGUGAUUCUGAUGCUGCAGUCGCUGCUGCACGCAAGGAGGUUCUUCCCGCGGCAGGUGAUACAGUCCGGGAUGGUGGCUACGUGGGCCACGAGGCUGGGCCUGUUUCUGCUGACUCGAGUGUUGCGGGACGGCCGUGACAGCAGGUUCAACCGAGUUCGCAACAACCCUCGGACCUUCUUCCUCUACUGGACUGUGCAAGGUGUGUGGGUGUGGCUGACGGCCCUCCCGACACUCAUCCUCAACUCCAAGACGGAGGACAGGGAGAUUGGGACACGGGACUACAUUGGCUGGACCAUGUGGCUGGUGGGCAUGUUGAUUGAGGCCGUCGCCGACUACCAGAAGUAUACGUUCCGUAGCAACCCAGCCAACAGGGACAAGUGGAUUGACUGCGGGCUGUGGAGCAUUGUUCGCCACCCAAACUACCUCGGAGAGAUCCUGCUCUGGACGGGGCUGUUCAUCUCGGCCUCGUCCACCUUCAGAGCGGCCGACUAUCUGAGUUCUCUCUCCCCCAUAUUUGUGGCCCUCCUCCUGACCAAGAUCUCCGGGAUACCCAUCCUGGAGAGACAGAACUUGAAGAGGUGGAGGAGCGACCAGGGCUUCAUGGACUACAUGCAGAGAACCUCAAGACUCCUUCCUUACGUUUACUAG